CUUACUGAAUGAAGGCUUCAUGAAUCACGAUUGCAUCUUCGCCUGCCUCUAGCUCCCGUUCUGAACUACGCAUAUCUUGCUGACCCGAACAGUCCACUACGCAACAGCCGGUACGCGAGACGACAAAUUUGUUGUAGGGGCAUGAUCACGAUGAUCUUAGACACGCCCAAAAUAUCGCACACCGCCGACAGAAAUUACAAUCUAUACAUAAUAACCUCAAAUCGAUGCAUCGCAUCAUCUAUACAUUACCCUCCAACACCAAACAUAUAUGGUCAAAAGCGGGUCUUCACAACAUCCACGCAUCACACAAUCUCCCUAACACCUCUCCCCGGCCCAAACCGCCCCAACCCCACCCCCAAACUCCAACUCUUCUUCCUCUCCUUCCUCCCCUUCUCCUCCUUGACCUCGAGACUAUCCCCACUCAGCCUUGCGACCAAUCCGCGCACGGGACUGCGACUCCGUUCAAUCCCCUUCCCGCUCCCGUGUCCAGGCACUAGAUCAUUCGGCGACGUGCAUCGCAGGACCCCCAGACUCUCAAACGUCGGCAUGCGAAUCGGUACACCGAGAGAUUCAUUUGUCAGCAUGCUGCUCUGCAGGGUCUUGGGCGGGGAUGUGGAGCGUAGUGGUAGGGAUGCAGUGCUCUUCAGCAGCGGGCGGUCCUGCAAGCGUGGUGGCGAGAUCGCGCGGGAACCUGUGAGUGGGAGCGAGGUCGUGCUGGCACCGGACAUGGCGCGAAGGCGCGUCAGGGCAUCGAGUUCGGGCAGUUUCUGCGUGGGUAGGUCGGCGAGGGAACUCGUUGGGCGGUCAGGUGUGCAGGGCCACGGGAUGGCGACGGUUUCUGGCUCGAAGGGCUCGAAGGGCGCGUAGGGGAGAGGUGGGGUUACGACUAGUGUUGUUGUUUUUGUUGCAGUUGUUGAGGAAACGCUGGGUAAGGCGGUGGUCUGGCGCAAAGCGGGAUGCACUUUCGUUUCGCCUGGCGUGAUGGGGC